AUGCCCCCCGUUGCCAGGUCUAGCCCCUACCCGUCUUUGCUGCCUCCCCCCACCCAUCCCGCCUCCCCUACCCAUCCCCCUCUAUCCCCUGGCUCCAUCCCCAGUCGCACCACCCACCUCACCCGUGCCUGCUGCGGAAAGAUGAGCUUCACACAUGACCCGAGUCGCAAACGCUUCCGCCCAACAGUCAAGUUCCUCCUUGGCUUCCAUACAACUCGGUUCAGGCCUGUCCACCCCCCCUGCCCCCCCCCCCUCUUCCUCCCCUGGCUCUGCGGCCUCCCCCGUCUCCCCUGCUUUCCCCGUCUCCCCUGCUUUCCCUGUCUCCCCUGCAUUCCCCGUCUCCCCUGCCCCCCCUGUCUCCACCCCUGCCGCGCCUAUCUCCCCCCCUGCCUCCACCAUUCCCCCCCUUGCCUGAUUCACCUGCGUCUCCCUCCGUCUCCCCUCCGCCAAACUCUGCACGCUCGGCCUCUCCUUCUCCACGAUCCGCCGCCCUCCCUCUCCCCCUUCCUCCGCCCCUGUCGCGGCCUCCCCUGCCCUCCAUCCUGUCCUCACCGCCCUGCGCCCCCCUUACACCCACCCCUCCCCCUCUCCCUCUCCCUAUCCCUCCCCCUCUCCCUCUCUCUACCCCUCCCCCUCUCCCUCUCCCUAUCCCUCCCCCUCUCCCUCCCCCUCCCCCUCUCUCUACCCCUCUCCCUCUCCCUCUCCCUCUGCCUCCCCCUCUCCCUUCCCCUCUCCCUCCUCUAUCCCCUCGUCCCCCACUGCCUCCACCGUGUCCCCCAUCCAUGUUAUUCAUGCCUUCUUCCCCACCCGUAG